CCUGAAGGGGGAAACAAAAACAAACGGAGGCCUGUUCAGCAGCGGGCGCUGCGAGCUCGGCGGCUGAUCCUGAGGGGCCUCGCUGCGCAAGGGCAGCAGCGCUUCUGCCUCUCGCUGGGCACCAGGAUGUCCCUCCGCCCCCUGGCCCAUCCUUGAGCUCCUUUGCCGUCCCUUCCCCGCCGCCGCCGCUCCCCCGCCCAGCCCGGUCCCUCCCCAGUCCUGAGGCAGCAGGAGCGCCGGUAGCAGCAGCGACGACAACGGCGCCGCCGCCAUCGCCAUCAUGUCGGGGGACGACGACGGCCCUGGUGGGUCUCACUACGUGGCAGAGUUCGUGCCGCCUCCCGAGUGCCCCGUCUUCGAGCCCAGCUGGGAGGAGUUCAGCGACCCCCUUGGCUUCAUUGGGCGCAUCCGACCUUUGGCCGAGAAAACCGGCAUCUGCAAAAUCCGGCCGCCCAAGGACUGGCAGCCCCCUUUUGCUUGUGAUGUACAGAGUUUUCGUUUUACCCCACGAGUUCAGCGCUUGAAUGAACUGGAGGCAAUGACUAGAGUGAAACUGGACUUUCUAGACCAACUGGCAAAAUUUUGGGAACUUCAAGGAUCUACAUUAAAAAUUCCAGUGGUGGAAAGAAAAAUAUUGGACCUUUAUUCAUUGAGCAAGAUUGUUGCCAGCAAAGGAGGCUUUGAAGUAGUCACUAAAGAGAAGAAAUGGUCCAAAGUGGCUAGUCGUCUUGGUUACUUGCCAGGAAAGGCCACAGGCUCACUGCUGAAAUCCCAUUAUGAGCGGAUCUUAUAUCCAUACGAGCUUUUCCAGUCUGGUGUCAGCCUUAUGGGCAUCCAAAAGCCAAACUUGGACCUUAAGGAAAAAGUGGAGGUUGCGGACCUUGGCAUUGAUGCCCAGUCUCCCCCAAAGCAGGGUUCAAGAAUGAACGUUGUGCUGAAGAGAACCAGACGUGUCAAGUCGCAGGCAGAGGCAGGAGAGAUGAGUAGGAACACUGAACUGAAGAAGCUUCAAAUCUUUGGAGCAGGACCAAAGAUGAUGGGACUGGCACUGGGAGCAAAGGAAAAAGAAGAUGAAGUACCUCGAAGACGCAAAGGUACUAGGUCAGAAGCUUUUGGCAUGCAGAUGAGGCAGCGGAAAGGAGCACUUUCAGUCAAUUUUGUUGACCUAUAUGUCUGCUUGUUCUGUGGUCGGGGAAACAAUGAAGACAAACUGCUGCUGUGUGAUGGUUGUGAUGACAGCUAUCACACUUUUUGCCUAAUACCCCCUUUACCUGAUGUGCCCAAGGGUGACUGGAGAUGUCCCAAAUGUGUUGCUGAGGAAUGUAGCAAACCACGGGAAGCCUUUGGAUUUGAACAGGCUGUUCGAGAAUAUACCCUCCAGAGCUUUGGUGAGAUGGCAGAUAAUUUCAAGUCUGAUUAUUUCAACAUGCCAGUUCAUAUGGUUCCUACUGAGUUGGUGGAGAAGGAGUUUUGGCGAUUAGUCAGCAGCAUUGAGGAAGAUGUAAUUGUUGAGUAUGGAGCUGACAUUUCAUCCAAAGACUUUGGAAGCGGCUUCCCUAUAAAGGAUGGCAGGAGAAAAUUAAUGCCAGAAGAAGAGGAGUAUGCCAUUUCUGGCUGGAACCUCAACAAUAUGCCAGUACUAGAACAAUCUGUCCUUGCUCACAUCAAUGCUGACAUUUCUGGCAUGAAGGUGCCCUGGCUUUAUGUGGGAAUGUGCUUCUCUUCUUUCUGCUGGCAUAUUGAGGAUCACUGGAGCUAUUCCAUCAACUACCUGCAUUGGGGAGAGCCAAAGACAUGGUAUGGAGUGCCCUCUCAUGCAGCUGAACAACUGGAGGAAGUGAUGCGAGAACUAGCUCCUGAGCUGUUUGAGACACAACCUGAUCUUCUGCAUCAGCUGGUGACUAUCAUGAACCCCAAUAUACUGAUGGAGCAUGGUGUGCCUGUUUACCGGACCAAUCAGUGUGCUGGCGAGUUUGUUGUGACUUUUCCUCGUGCCUAUCACUCUGGAUUUAAUCAAGGCUACAACUUUGCUGAAGCUGUGAACUUCUGCACUGCUGACUGGCUUCCAAUAGGACGGCAGUGUGUAAGUCAUUACCGGCGACUGAGGCGCCACUGUGUGUUCUCUCAUGAGGAGCUAAUCUUCAAGAUGGCUGCGGAUCCUGAGUGUUUGGAUGUUGGGCUGGCUGCCAUGGUCUGCAAGGAAAUGACUAUCAUGACAGAAGAGGAGGCACGCUUAAGGGAAUCUGUUGUACAGAUGGGGGUGCUGAUGUCAGAGGAGGAAGUGUUUGAGCUGGUUCCAGAUGAUGAGCGUCAGUGUGCAGCCUGUAGGACUACAUGUUUCUUGUCUGCUCUUACAUGUUCCUGUAACCCUGAGCGCCUGGUAUGCUUAUAUCAUCCCAAUGAUUUGUGUUCAUGCACUAUGCAGAAGAAGUGUCUAAGAUACCGGUAUCCACUAGAGGAUUUCCCUUCACUGUUGUAUGGAGUGAAAGUCAGAGCACAGUCCUACGAUACUUGGGUCAGCAGGGUCACAGAGGCAUUGUCUGCUAACCUCAGCCACAAGAAAGAUGUGAUUGAACUGAGGGUGAUGUUGGAGGAUGCUGAAGACAGAAAGUAUCCAGAAAAUGACCUCUUCCGCAAGCUGAGAGAUGCUGUGAAAGAGGCGGAGACUUGUGCUUCAGUAGCCCAACUGCUUCUAAGCAAAAAGCAAAAGCACAGUAGACUGACCCCAGAGAGUGGAAGGACACGGACUAAACUGACUGUGGAAGAACUGAAAGCAUUUGUCCAACAGCUAUUUAGUCUUCCCUGUGUUAUAAGUCAAGCACGGCAAGUAAAGAACUUGCUAGAUGAUGUUGAAGAGUUUCAUGACCGUGCUCAGGAGGCCAUGAUGGAUGAAGUCCCAGAUUCAGCCAAGCUGCAGAUGUUAAUAGACAUGGGCACUGGCCUCUAUGUAGAACUUCCUGAAUUGCCUCGCCUGAAGCAAGAGUUACAGCAGGCCCGUUGGCUGGAUGAAGUGCGAGUGACCCUGUCAGAUCCUCAAAGAGUCACCUUGGAUGUGAUGAAGAAACUGAUUGACUCGGGAGUAGGGCUGGCACCACAUCAUGCAGUGGAGAAGGCCAUGGCUGAGUUGCAAGAGCUGCUGACGGUUUCAGAGAGGUGGGAAGAGAAAGCCAAAGUUUGCCUCCAAGCACGGCCUCGACAAAGCAUUGCAGCUCUGGAGAGCAUUGUCAAUGAAGCAAAGAAUAUCCCAGCUUACUUACCCAAUGUGCUGGCACUGAGAGAAGCCCUGCAGCGAGCUCGAGACUGGACAGCCAUAGUUGAAGCCAUUCAGAAUGGAAGCAACUAUGCAUAUCUAGAGCAGCUGGAAAAUCUGUCUGCAAAAGGCCGCCUGAUACCUGUCCGCCUUGAUGCUCUACCACAAGUUGACUCACAGGUAGCAGCAGCCCGUGCAUGGAGGGAGCGCACAGGCAGAACAUUCCUGAAAAAGAACUCAAACUACACACUCCUGCAGGUUCUGAGUCCUCGAACUGAUAUUGGCGUUUAUGGCAACAGUAAGAAUAGGCGAAAAAGAGCAAAGGAGCUAAUAGAGAAGGAAAAAGAAAAGGAUCUUGACAUGGAGUCCUUGAGUGAACUAGAAGAUGGUCUGGAAGAGACCAGGGACACUGCAGCUGUGGUGGCUGUUUUCAAGGACCGGGAACAGAAGGAGGUUGAAGCUAUGCAUGCCCUCAGGGAAGCUAACCUGGCAAAGAUGACCAUGGUGGAUCGCAUUGAGGAAAUAAAGUUCUGCAUCUGCCGCAAAACAGCCAGUGGGUUUAUGCUCCAGUGUGAACUCUGCAAAGACUGGUUUCACAGCACCUGUGUACCCCUUCCCAAAAGCAGCUCCCAAAAGAAGGGCUCAAGUUGGCCCGCCAAAGAGGUCAAGUUUCUGUGUCCACUUUGUAUGCGCUCUCGAAGGCCACGACUUGAGACCAUUUUGUCCCUGCUGGUGUCCUUGCAAAAGCUGCCAGUGCGACUGCCAGAGGGUGAAGCAUUGCAAUGCUUGACAGAGCGGGCUAUGAGUUGGCAGGACCGAGCACGGCAAGCUCUUGCUACAGAUGAACUGUCCUCUGCAUUGGCCAAGCUUUCCGUGUUGAGCCAGCGUAUGGUGGAACAGGCUGCACGGGAGAAAACAGAGAAAAUAAUUAGUGCAGAGCUCCAGAAGGCUGCAGCUAAUCCUGAUCUACAGGGCCACUUGACUAGUUUUCAGCAGUCUGGCUUUAACCGGGCUAUGAGUAGUGUGUCAUCAUCUCCACGACAAACUAUGGACUAUGAUGAUGAGGAGACAGAUUCAGACGAAGACAUCAGGGAAGCAUAUGGCUAUGACAUAAAGGACAAUGCCAGUGUGAAAUCUUCUAGCAGUCUGGAGCCCAAUCUCUUCUGUGAUGAAGAAAUUCCUAUCAAAUCUGAAGAAGUCGUAACACACAUGUGGACAGCACCAUCCUUCUGUGCUGAGCAUGCAUAUUCAUCAGCUUCUAAAAGUUGCUCUCAAGGUUCCAACACCCCAAGGAAGCAGCCCCGUAAAAGUCCCCUAGUACCUCGCAGUUUAGAACCACCUGUGCUCGAACUGUCUUCUGGAGCCAAAUCGCAGUUAGAAGAUCUAAUGAUGAUAGGAGAUCUCCUAGAAGUAUCUCUGGAUGAGACCCAGCACAUCUGGCGGAUUUUGCAGGCAACACAUCCACCUUCUGAAGAUAGAUUUCUCCAUAUCAUGGAGGAUGACAGCAUGGAUGAGAAGCCAUCAAAAAUGCGUGGAAGAGAUUCUUCUGAGAGGAAACGAAAGCGCAAGCUAGAGAAAGCAGAACAGUACUUUGGUGAAAUGAAGCAGAAGUCUAAAGAGCUGAAGAAGCUGGAAAAACCGAAGAAGAAGAAGCUUAAGCUGACCAUGGACAAGACAAAGGAACUGAACAAACUGGCCAAGAAACUGGCUAAGGAAGAAGAACGGAAGAAGAAGCGUGAGAAGGCAGCUGCAGCAAAGGUGGACCUGGUGAAAGAGUGCACAGAGAAAAAGAGGGAGAAGAAAGUCUUGGAUAUUCCUUCCAAGUAUGACUGGUCAGGAGCUGAGGAGUCUGAUGACGAAAAUGCAGUGUGUGCAGCACAGAACUGCCAGAGGCCCUGCAAGGACAAGGUAGACUGGGUGCAGUGUGACGGUGGCUGUGAUGAAUGGUUUCAUCAAGUUUGUGUUGGUGUCUCGCCUGAAAUGGCAGAAAGUGAAGACUAUAUCUGCAUAAACUGUGCAAAGAAACAGAUGCAGGGGCCAGGCAGUCCAACAUCUGCACCACCUGCUCAUUUCUUGCUGAGCUACAAACUUCCCAUGGAGGACCUCAAGGAGACAAGUUAGCGGCUGCUUGGUCUUGCUGGAACUUAAGGGAAAUGGAACACUAAGAAGGUGGUGUGACGCUAAAGUAGCCACUUGGGAAGCUGCACGACCGCAAACAAAUGGCCCUCUAGUGGAGCUAGCCCCAUGUAGCUGGCUUCCCUUACAAGAAGGGAUGCCAUGGGCACUGGGGUACUGACCCAGCUAUGCAGGUACCAAGCACCCUGUUGGAAGUCCCCCCAGUAUUUGUACUCCCAUGUUUCCUACAUAAGGCUGAGCGUAACUGCUGCCUUCAAGCUGAGCAGAUAUAAGCCCCGUGGUUUAUGUUUCUCGGCCUCAGCAGUUUAAAUAGUGGGUACUAGCCCUGAACCCCACAAGUUUGCCCCAUAGAGGCAUGCUGAUUGUGUGGAGAUGAAAGCUCCCAUUCGGCCUCUUCAAGUUGAGGCAUCAAGGCAAUGCUUACAUGGAUAAGGAAUCUGCUUCAAGCACCAUGCAGAAGGAGACAGGAGUGGGUGGAAAAAUACAUUAGUUCCUGUUUGGUUGAUCGAAAGCAAAGGAACUUUAGGUCUUGAAACCAUUGGUUUUGUGUUUACCCUAAUUCUCUUGGGGUAUCUUCCCUUCAAGAAAGCUCGCACAGAAUUAAAAUGUAGCUGAGGUACUUAUCCUUGGCAAGGCACUCCUUCCUGCACUGGUAGCCAUUUCCCUCUGUCUUAGGCUUUAUGAACACCCUGCCACUAAGUUGUCUGAAGCAAGGUGCAGCUGGUAAGGUGGAUAUCAUGAAAGCACGGGAUUAAUGACUGGACCGAGAACAGCCCAGCUUUCUCAUGAUUCCACAGUGACAUGCUUCUGUGAAAACAUCAACUCACAAGUUAUUGCUAGCAUCAUCAAGCUAGUCUCAGAGUUUCAAUAUGCAGCCCACAGAGGCAGAUUGCAGCCCUGCUUCCUUGCCUUUACAUUUCAAUGGAUUAAAGGCCUAAAUGUGGCUACAAAUCCGUUCCCCCUUGCUUUUCUGAAAGGCAGGUUGCUUGGGGUAUGUAUCCCGGGUGACAAUUGUUUUAGUAAAUCCAUUUUUUAAAAAGGACUGGUUUUUACUUUUUUCUAUGUCUCAAACUACUGACUUGUUCUACAAAAAAAUAGAUUAUUUUUCUUUGUUUUUUAUACUUACCACGGUUACCAGCAGCACAGAAAAAGAAAGAGAGGCUCACUAAAAAAAACCUGCCUUCUGGCUUGGGUUUUUUUACUUCAUUCCUUCCUUGUAGUACAAGGAAUUUAGCAGUUACUUCCCACAUCCUUGUUCCACCUGCUGCCUGUGUUUUAAAUAGGUAAAAACAUUUCAUGUGCUACCUUCAUGUUGGGGUUUGUUCUGUUAGCAAGGCAACUUGGUCCUUGCUGUCUCCCAGUUUCUACUUGCUUUUCUGUAAGUGAAUGGCUGAAACUGGCCAUAGUGGUGUCUUCCCCUUCCCACUCCCAUUAUCUAUUGUGUUUCCAUUCUUCUAUGGUUCUAGGAGUGUUGUAACUAUAGUGUCCAGUCUUAUUAGAUGCAGGGGUUGGGAUUUUCUAAAAGAUAAAAUCUGUAGUGUUCUGCCUUGA